UAAUACACAAACAUUCUUGCCCACGGUAACGACAGAUAUAAUAAUUAUAAAUUAUAAUAUUAUUUCCGCGUCGAUCAGUCACGGUAUUAUAUAGCUGUAAACCUGACACCUACCCGGUAAGUGAUAAAGCAUCUUACGUAAUUUGUGUGCGCUGCUCGUCAUCGUGGUUUACUUAAUUUAUUGUAACGCAAGGCUUUAUAAUAUUUACGUGGUACACCUAACACUAGCAAAGUGGUACUGCCAUGUCCGACGACGGCAGUGGCUGUAGUGAAUUGCGACAGGUGUCCGUCAAGGACCUGAUACCAGAGAGUCGAUUGGCGGUCGUCGCUGGCGAUUUCUUCGUCUCGGAUCCAGUGGUUUACGAUGGCGAUGAUGUGUUCGAAGUGAACCUGACGCCCGACGACCGUGCCGGCCGACAACCCCGUCCCCGGUUCUCCGACACGGAGACGUGGAUGUUACCUGAUACCGAGUAUAUGUUUCUCAGGUGCAUCGCGGGCGCGGAUGCUAAUGAUGUUGAACAUUUUAUUGCGGAAAAAAGCCAUUGGUUAGGUGGAAAAAAUAUAUCUUUGAAUUUAGAUGUGAGCAAAACCAUAUUUAACAGGCAAACUAAAUUGGUGUUGCACAAUACCAAACCGCUGCAGAAAACUUUAGACUACCAUAUUACAAAUGCAUCACAGCCGUUAAAAAAAACUAAUUUCAUACUUGAAGAUUGGCCUUAUGUUAGUUUAAAUAAGCCAUUAAUACCAAAAGGAACUGACGAUGAACUCGCACCGUGGAUGAGAUCACGAAAUAAACAAUUUAACACCUGUCUCCCUGCAAAAUCGAAUAAAACGCCACAAUCAGCUUUUUCGACGCAUGAUUAUGAUUUUUUGCACGGAUACUGGAAACUACAGCAAACACAGCAACAGAAGCAACACCAACAACCACAUCAACUGUACCGACAACAACAACAACAACACCUUCACAAAUUAUAUCAACAACAACGACAGCAACACCAAUACCAACAGCAACUCCGACACCAACAACGGCAGCAACACCUGCAACACCAUUUACAACAGAGGGCAAUUUUUUUCCCACCACCAUCGUCGCGCCAACAAGUGUUUAUGUAUGGUCAGCAGCGGAUGAUCGGACCAUAUUUGUCCAAUAUACCUUUCCAGGGAUGGCCGAGUAACUUUUACCAGCGAUUCUCUACCCCAUUUCUACUGGCGACACAUUAUCAUAAUAUGAACCCGCACAACAACGAUUCGUCAUCAGCAACUACUACCCAACAUUAAUGCAGAUUUGUUAUUCUAGAUCAAGCAAAGUACGAUCGACUUGACUUCCCUUUUUUCGAAUACAUGUAUAUACCUACGAUUCAUUCGGGUACUAUCAAAUAUUUUCGAAAAUUAAUUGAAUAAUAAUUUAGAAUAGAUAUCGUUAUUUUUUCAAUCCUCAAAUAAUAAUUUGUCAAGUACAAUAUUUUUGUGAUGUUCAAUUUGAAGUUAUACAUUUACGGUUAUUAUAUAUAAGUUACUAUACACACUGAAUAAUUAUGAUGCAGCAUAUUAAAACGUUUCAUUUGUCCGUUAUUA